AUGUCCUUAUCAGAUGGCGCUCAUCGUGCUGUCACCUUACGAGUACUUGCGAAACGAGCACGCAAGAGCGCAGAUUCUCAACAUUUUGUAGGUCGACGCAAGCGGGCCAAGAUUGUGGAGCCUGAACAAGUGACCCGUCCUGAUGACGAGCCUCCUCUCCAUCCUGAUGACGAACCUCCUCUCCCUCCCGACAACGAAACUCCGCUCCCUCCCGAAAACGAACCUCCUCUCCCUCCUGACAACGAACCUUCUCUCCCUCCAGAACAUGAGCACCCCAAAUUGAGUUGGUACUAG